CACUUUCUUCAUCCUAUUGCUCUUCUUCUUCUUUGCUAUGUCCUUCUCGAUUUCGAUCCCUUCCCAGACAAUUUCUGGGACUGAGGCCACCAGGCCUUCCCUCCCGAAGGAAAUGCAAGAAACUAGGGCUCCACAUUCGAUCCCCUCGCUUUCUCUUCAGAGCUUCUCUGGAUUCGCAUUCCACUCUUAUAGUUGUUGCUUUGGUCACCGUUUCAGCCCUCGCUGUCGUCUUUGUAAAUUACUCCAAGAGAAAGAAGAAACAGACUCGGGUAUCAGCUCCGCUAUUUCUGGAGAUUUCUCAACAAGUCAGAGCUGUCAUGAAUCAGUUAAUUAAGAAUAAGACUUUGGGUUUUCUUGAUCCUGAAAGACUGAUGUCUGCCAACGAAAGCAAACAUGCAGUGAAGGAAGUGAGGGAAAGCAGACACGAGUAUGAGGAUGAACUGGUGCAGCCUCAACUUCUGGAAACUGCUUUGAUGUCUAAAGAAACUCUCAUAACUAACACAUUAGAGUCUCCUGGUUCUAAUAUUAUUACUUCUAGUGUUAGUGAUUCUAUGUCCUCAAGAGAGUCUGAAGUCACAGGUGUAUCUUUUCCACUUCCUGUGCUCUCUGAAUCAGGUGUGGCACGGCCAUUUCCUUGUAUGAGAGAAAUUCCUAAAUUGCAGUUUGAAAAAUGUGCUCAGGAAACUGAGUGUGCAUCUGAGUUGCCUGCACUAAUUGUUAAAACCCAGUUGAGUGCGGCUACUGGUCUUGUCAAUUGUACGCAUACAGAGGUGGAUGAGCAUAAAAGGCCAAUUGGUGAACUUGGUGAAGUGGGUGAAAUCAUUAGCUAUGGUGGUAUCUUCAGAGAAUCUGGCCGUGAAGGGCUUUACACAUUUUAUGAGACAAAUCAAUCUGCAGCGAAAUCUAUGACAAACUUGAAUGAUCGAAAGAUGUUGUCUACUCAUGUCGCUCUUCGAGAUAACAAUAGUUUCUCUUCUCGAAUGAGGAAAUCUAUGGCUACUGGAGUGAAAUUGUCAACACAUGACUUCAUUCAUACCGCAGAAAAUAAGUUUGUCUCUUCAGAGAGCAUUGAAGGGAAAAAACCUCUUGCAUGUUAUAAAGAAAGCUCUCCCCGCAGAAGCACAGACUUAGGAAAAAGCAAGGGCUUCCCUAGAGACGAGAGAAGAAUUCUACCUCAGGAUGGCCACAGAUAUUCUCCCCUGCCCUGUCAACCAAAUGGCACGCAUGUCAAUGACAAACAUUAUCCUUCUCGGCAAAUCAGUGCUUACAAUCGUUUGCUGAAAGAUGGGAGGUUACUUGACUGCUUGGAAUUGCUUGAAGAUAUGGAAAGAAAGGGUUUGCUGGAUAUGGACAAGAUUUAUCAUACGGGAUUUUUCAAAAACUGCCAAAGGAAAAGGGCUGUUAAAGAAGCUUUUCGUUUCACUAAGAUGAUCCCAAAUCCAACUCCGAGUACUUUUAAUAUGCUAAUGUCUGUCUGUGCAAGUUCUGGAGAUUCAGAGGGAGCUUUUGAGGUUAUGCGACUUGUUCAGGAGGCUGGUCUGAUAGCUGAUUGUAAACUUUACACAACUCUGAUAUCAACUUGUGCAAAAAGUGGAAAAGUUGAUGCCAUGUUCAAAGUUUUUCAUGAAAUGGUCAAUGCUGAAGUGGAACCAAAUGUUCAUACUUACGGGGCUCUUAUAGAUGGUUGUGCCAAAGCUGGGCAAGUCGCCAAGGCAUUUGGUGCUUAUGGCAUAAUGAGGUCUAAGAAUGUGAAGCCAGACCGAGUUGUUUUCAAUGCACUCAUCACAGCAUGCGGUCAAUCAGGUGCAGUUGAUCGUGCAUUUGAUGUCUUAGCUGAAAUGACAGCAGAGAUACAGCCUAUAGACCCUGAUCACAUCACGAUUGGUGCUUUGAUAAAGGCAUGUGCAAAUGCUGGCCAGGUUGAUCGGGCACGGGAAGUAUACAAUAUGAUUCAUCAAUAUAAGAUCAAGGGCACUCCAGAGGUCUACACCAUUGCUGUGAAUAGUUGCAGCCAGACUGCUGAUUGGGAGUUUGCCUGUAGUGUGUAUAGUGACAUGACAAGAAAAGGAGUCAUCCCUGAUGAG